UCGCACCCGCCCAUUCCUUCCCAUUUUUUUUCCGGCGGGGGGCAAAGUUGGGAGCCUGCGCGUGGUUUUUCCGUGAUCGUCAGGCUUCAUCAUGAAGCCCCGAUCGGUGACCGGUGGGCGACUCGACAAACACAUCCAGGAAGGAAAGGCAGCACCGCAAAACCGGGCAGCGGCGAAGGGCUUCGACUCGGACGAUGACGACGACAACGACAAGAAGCCGGCGGCCGCCGCCGCCGCCGCCGCCGCCCCUGUCCCCGCCCUUGCUCCGGUGGCCUUGGUGCCGCCGCCGCAACCGUACAUGCAGCAGCCCCAGUACGGGAUAUCGCCGGUGCCCCAGCAGUACUACGGCCACUCGCCGGUGCCGUAUGGGGUGUCGCCGGUGGCCAUGUACCCGGCAGCGCCCUGGAGCGCUAUGCCGGCGUCGCCCGUGCCGGUCCAGGUGCCGGAGUACAUCAAGCGGCAGCACGCCGAGGCCCUCAAGGCGAAGAAGAAGAAGGAGGAGGAGGAGAAGAAAAAGAAGGAGGCCGAAAAGAAGAAGAUCGCCGCGGGAGCGUGGGAGAAGUUGUACACCAGGGACGGCGGGAAGUUCUGGCAGCACUCGGUCACCGGAGAGAUCUCCAAGACCGACCCCUACUACUGACGCCGCCGUCGGCGCUGAAGCGGUCCCGUGAAUGCGGGAGGGGGGCGGGGGGGCUGCCUCGGUGAGGCGGCAAGUGGGCUGGCCGCCUUGCUGAUAAAUUGCGGCGGCGGCGGCGG